AGUCCUUCAUCUCCAGAGCCAGCAAGUCUUCCAGCAGAAGACCUUAGCACAAACUCCAAUGGUCCAAAGCCAGCAGAAAUGAUGCUAGAUGAUGACAGAGAAGACCUCUUUGCGGAAGCAACGGAAGAAGUUUCAUUGGACAGUCCAGAGAGGGAUCCAAUACUUUCACCAGAACCUACUCCUGCAAUCACUCCUGUAACACCUACUACAUUAGUAGCUCCCAGAGUGGAAUCAAAAAGCGUAACAGCCCCUGUGAUUUUUGAUAGAUCCAGAGAAGAGAUUGAAGAGGAAGCAAAUGGAGAUUUGUUUGAUAUAGAAAUCAAUGUAUCAGACCCAGAGAAAGUUGGAGAUGGCAUGAAUGCUUAUAUGGCAUACAGAGUAACAACAAAGACGUCGCUUUCCAUGUUCCACAAAAAUGAAUUCUCUGUUAAAAGAAGAUUCAGUGAUUUUCUUGGCUUGCACAGCAAACUGGCAACAAAGUACAUGCAUAUUGGUUACAUUGUGCCUCCAGCUCCAGAAAAAAGUAUUGUAGGCAUGACCAAAGUUAAAGUAGGCAAGGAAGAUUCUUCAUCUACUGAGUUUGUUGAGAAAAGAAGAGCAGCUCUGGAAAGGUAA